ACCACUUCCGUCGCGUAAAUUAUGCGAAAGAAAUUCGUCGCUAGAUGUUGUUUCAACACGAGUGGUAUCUUUACCCAAGUUAUAGAUAAAUAAAUAAGAAAUACAACUGUCUCUUCAGCCAUGGAGGACGAGUGGGAAGAGGAAGAGCAGAUGGUUGUGGCCGAGCUGUCAGGAAUGAUCAACUCUGACUUGAUCUCCAAUCGGCAAGGCACCUGCAAGAUAGUGGACAUCGACAGCGAGCAACCCAUGCUACAAGUCGGCCGGUAUCUGUUCGCCGGAGAGUACGAGGACGCUAUCGGGACAUGCGUGAUCUUUGAGGAGGACGGGGCAUCUUCUAAUGCAGCACUUAAAUACAAAUGUCACACAAUGAAGAAACUGAUGCUGCAGCGAACGUUUCUGUCGGAGAGGAAGGAGGACGAGCCCGUCUCCAACCGCAUAGAGUUGCUGGCUCUCCACGAGGAAGAGUCGUUCGGUCGGAAGAGCGUUUGUCACUAUCUGGACCCGAUAGAGACAGACAAAUCUGUACUUGACGAAUCUAAAGACUGCGAGAACCCAGAGAAGAGCGGUGGAUCAGCAGACGAAAUGGACGAGACGCUUUUGGAAAACGAGACGAUGAACGCCAGCAGCUCUCUUUUACUGGGGUCUGUGCAAGAGGACGAGGGCCCUUGAAAGACUGUUUGACUUUUGCUAAUGUACAUUCUGUCUAAUGUAAAUAUAAGUUUUCUGCUUAGUAAAAGUUUUGUACUUUGCUUACAUAAAAGAAUGAAUGCCUGUCAUGUUGUUGGAAUGGGAACAAAAUAUAUACAUUUAUACAUUUGUAAAAGAAACAGCAUGGGGAAAAAAGAACAGAUGAAGCUAAAAGUUAAAGGAGACUUUUUGAAGUAAAGUGAGAAUGGGAAAUAUAAGAAUAAAGCAAUAGUAAAUCUGUGAGUUAACAAAUCAGUACACUCAUUACACUCAUAAAAACCAACUUUCCCUCUAUAAGUUACUCUUAUUGCUGUAGUGUGCAAGUGGAAUAUGUAGGGUUACAUUUUUCGACAUUAGUUGUAAUAAUCCAGUGAGAUUUUUGAUUGUCUGAUGGCAGCUAAUCUGAUCUCUCCAUCUUCCAGUCUGUCUAGAAUCGAGAAGAAUCAGAACAGGCUGAGACUAAUACCAGAAGACAACAUCGUAAAGAUGAUUCAAGAAACCUACUUGCAUAGUACUGUUAAAGGAAUUGUUCACCCCCAAAAAUGAAAAUUUACUCACUAUUUACUUACAAUUGAAGAUGAACAGAUGAAGCUAAAAGAAACAGGAAGAGAGACUUUGAAGUAAAGUCAGAAUGGGAAAUAUAAGAAUAAAGCAGUAGUAAAUCUGCGAGUUAACAAAUCGGAACACUUAUUAUACACUAGUGAUUAUGUACAUAUAGGUUGCAGGUCUGUUUGAUCCUUUCUAGAAUCAAUACAACUUAAUCAAUUAAGGCUUUGUGAAGUUCAACCAUAA